AUGAUCGUCUUCUCCAUCAAAGAGCUCAGGCGAUUGCUGCAUGACCCCGUCAUUGUGGGCGGUGUUCACGACAGUGAGACAAAGACAUCGCUGAUCAGGAUGAUCUGCCCCAAGACUGCGGCUGUGAAGCUCUUCAAGGCCAUUGCAGCCGUGAAAGCCAAGAUCAAAGUGGUGCUUGACAAGAAGGCACUGAGCAUCAGCAAUGAGAAGAAGAUGCGAGCAGAUUGGCUGCUCAACACUGGUUUGGAGCUGCCAGAUGAAGUGCCGUACUAUCUUGAUGUCCGUUUCUCUGAGGAAGAGGACGCCCCAAUUGUGACAGUCCCAAGCUGCUGUGUAUGGUCCAGCCGUGGGCUGAAUGUCCAGCCAGCCACUGGAAAGACCAACAUUGGACAGAAGCCAAAGCUGCUCAGUCAGCAAAAGAUCACCUCCAAGCCCGCUCCUGGACCAGCCCUCAAGAGGAGAGCCCCAGUGCAAGGCGGUGCUCAGGACACCGCUCCAGCCUCCAGGGAGGAAUCCAAUUUGGACCAGCUUUUGGAGAGUGCAUGUGUCAGCGAAUCAAGGCAGGAUGCCGCAGCAGCCAGCGCGGCACCAAAGCUCUCAGCCAAGCCCACAUUUGCCAAGCGCAAGCGGCCAGCCUAUGCUCUGCCUGCGACAGCGCCGCUUACACAGCCAGCAAAGCUCCUGAAGGCAGAUGCAGCACCCAAGCAAACCACAAAAGCUCCCCCGGUGAAAACGACGCGACCUUUGGCAAAGCGCAGCACAGUGGCAGCUUCUGCGCCCAUGCCAGACAAGCCGGCUCCCCCCGCGCCGCGUAUCAAGGCAAAGCAGCCGGCAGCAGCCUGCGCAGAUGGUGCCCACACAGCAGCACCCUGUGCCAUCAGGACCGCUCAGCAGGGCAAUGCAGACGAGGCAGGAGCUGCGGCAGCUGCUGCGAAGGCGCCGAGGAAUCGCACAAAGGCAGCAGAUCUGGAUGUGGCUGCAGUGGAGGCCAAGGUCAGGGCAAAGCAUGCAGAGCAGCAGCUGGAGAAGCUGAGCAUCCCAGAGAUCAAGUGCUUCUUGAAGGUCAAGAAGCUGCCAGUCGGGGGGAAGAAGGGCGACCUUCUUGAGCGUCUUGUCAAGCCAGGCUCACCCCUGAACAAGGCUUUCUUUGGGAAGGCGCGGGAAGUCAUCCCUUUCUCAUCAGCUCUGCGCGGGACGGCCCUCUGCAUGGGAGGCAGCGGCUUUGCGGGGGCAGACAUCAGCUCAGCUGUCCGCGGACUCAUCAGCGGCAGGGGUGUCUGUGACUUCACCCUGCAGGAGAUGCAUUAG